AUUAUAGAUGUUUAAGAAGAAGCUUGAUAUAAUAACACUAGUACCAAGAUGUCUUUGAAAUACAUUGAUAACGCUAGAAAGAUCUUAUGUAUAGGUCGUAAUUAUGCUGCUCAUAUUCAAGAAUUAAAUAAUGCUAAACCUCAACAACCAUUCUUCUUUUUAAAACCUUCUUCAUCAAUAUUAAAACCAAAUUCUGGACCAUUUUUAGUACCAAAAGGUGUUAUUGUUCAUCAUGAAGUUGAAUUAGCUUUUACUUUAAAUAAAGAUUUAAAAGAUUUAUCUCCAGAUUUUACUGCAGAAGAAGCAUUGGAUGCUAUAGAUGGUUAUGCUUUAGCUAUUGAUAUGACAGCUAGAAAUGUUCAAGAUGAAGCUAAAAAGAAAGGUUUACCAUGGUCAAUUGGUAAAGGUUUCGAUACUUUCUUACCUUUAUCAGGCUUUAUUCCUAAGGAAAAAAUUCCAGAUCCUUACAAUGCAGAAUUAAUUCUUAAAAUUAAUGGAGAAGUCAAACAACAAGAUAAAACAGAUUUAAUGAUCUUCCCAAUUCAUAAGAUUUUAAGUCAUAUGUCUGCUAUUAUGACUUUAGAAAAGGGUGAUUUAAUUUUAACUGGUACUCCAAAGGGUGUUGGACAAAUCAAUCCAGGUGAUAAGAUAGAAGCUUACAUCAAAUAUAAUGGUGAAAUUAUUGAAGAAAUUAAAGUAGACUCUGAACAAAAGCCAGGUCCUUAUGAAUAUAAGGAAAUAUAAACAAUUAU